AUGAAAGCACCAUCGAUACUCCGUCUCGGCUGGGUGUUAGUAGUGGCACUCGUCGUAGUCGCGGGCGUAUCCGCCUUUCCGACACCAGCCUCAGCUGCGGGCAUAACGCUCAGCAAGAGGCAAGGCCAGGCGGGCACAACGCUGAGUGAGGAAGUGACAGCCAAAGGGCACCGGACCCGGACAUUCACGUGGUCAAUCAACAAGGUGGCUAACCCAACCACACUCGAUCUGGUCCAGGGUGGCAGCGGCACCGUGACCUACACAGUGACACUGACCAAGGACGACGGCACUGUCCACACCUGGAUCGACGGGGAGGUCUGCAUUACCAACGGUGGCAGUGUUCCAACUGAGAACCUCGUAUCGACCCUUAAGGUGACGCAGCCGCCGUCCCAGGUGGUCAUAUUGAGUACGCCGCUUGACACGUCGGCUAAACCGGUCCUAGCUGCCGGGGAGAGCUACUGCUACCCCUAUAGCAUCGACAUCCCGUCAGCAAACAGCAACACCUACAAGGUGAACGCCGAUACGACGAUUACCAAUCACUCAGGGCACUUAGGAGAGCCGUUUGGGCCGAAUGCGGCCGCCACCACGACGAUUCCAACGACGGAGACGCUUGUCCAUAACACCGUAACGGUCUCCGAUACCCUCGGGGGCCCGCUAGGGGAGUUCUCUGAUGACCAUACGGUGACCUACACCCAUACAUUCGACUGUGGUAAUGCAGGAGACAAUCCCAACACCGCCUCCAUCACCUACGACGACGGCACGGCCGGGCCGUCUGCAUUGGUGACGGUGACAGUUAAGUGCACUGCCUCCGGCGGUUGCACGCGGACGAUCGGCUACUGGAAGACUCACCCCGACGCCGUCACCCCGCUGCUACCGAUCUGGCUCGGCACAGAAGGCGGGGCGAAGAGCGUCAAGGUAACCACGUCAAGUCAAGCCGUCACAAUCGAGAGUAUUCCCACCGCUAGCAACGGAAUCGAUAAGCUUUAUGCGCAGUUGCUCGCAGCGAAGCUCAGCAUCAAAAAUGGCGCGGACGGCUCCGCUGUGACAAGUACCAUCCAGGCUGCGGAUAAUUUCCUCGCCAAUACAAAUAGCGCUGACUGGGCCAGCCUCUCCAAUGCUGUCAAAAGCCAAGUGAAUGGCUGGGCCACCACGCUGGACAAUUAUAACAAUGGUAUCACAGGUCCAGGUCAUUGCCCCUGA